AGUUUUUGACCGUUGUUGUUUACUUGCGGCGUAGAAUUUCAGAGGAAUAGAAUCUGUUGAGAUUGUUCCCUUCAAAAUGGAAUCUCCCGCAAUUCCGGUGCCACAGAUUUUAAUCAACAAGCCUUGUCUCCACUUUUGGCCGCUGUCGCCUGAUGGUCAGAUCAACGGCUUCGGAGGCCGCAGGUUUCAUGUUCAAUACCCGAAUCCACCGAAGAACCGUCGUGUAAAUGGGUCUGGUGCACGCUAAAUCCGUCGGAGCCAAGCGUCCUCCCUCUGGUAUGGUAUGGAAGUUUGGAGAGAGGGUGCCAACUCAGGAAAGUCUAAAAACGAAAUGCCUCAGUGCAAUUUUUCAACCAAAAAAGAAAGUGAGGUUGUGCCUGUAGACUCCUGUCCGGGUUGGCUCAACCCUUGCACAUUUUGCGAUAAGAGGUUUGGUGACUGGAUAGAAGCAACUGAAGAAAAUCUCGCCAAAAUACCAACAAAACCCGGAAUCUUGGAGAUUGCUUUCAAGUCCAAGAAUUCUACUGAAAUUGUGAGCGUGAUUCUCGACACUCACGACCUACAAAAGACGGCCUAUGAAUCUGUGGAUUCCGCCAAAGAAAUAAUUGCGGACAAGAAAUCUAAAGUUACAAAAACUGUCAUUCUUUGCAGAUGGGUGGUAUUUAAACAAAGUAAUGACAAAAAUAUUACUACUCUAUGUGCUCAUUGGUACAAUUAUGGUGUAUUACCCAAAUUUUUGAAAUCUUGGCCAGGACUGGAUAUUCUUCAAAAAACAGACAGUCUAAUAUAUUCAGAGAAACUCCAAAAAUGGUGUUAUCCUAAAAAAGAAGCUUUUUGGAGGAAACCAAAGCAGCUACCCACAAAACUAGUAGAGGUUGUAAAGUCUUGCACGUGGACGCAGCCAUGCGAAAUUUGUGAUUCAUAUUUUUCUAAAUGGGAAAGAGCAGAAGAUGUCAUUGCCCAUGACAAAGCUCCUGAUGCUAAUGGAAUCUUUAUGCUUGCCAUUUGUUGUGAACAGAAGUUAGAAGUGUGUGAAAUAGUGUUUUUUAAUGAUAUCGUAUUAAACAUUAGAAGAUCGUUGGAAUCUGUUUAUACACAUAAAAAAUAUCUGUUGAAAAGAAAAGAUUAUGCAAGUAAAAAUGCCUUUCUUAUGGUGCGGUGGCUGGAACUCAAAGAUCCCCAAAGUGAUAAUUCUUGCUUUUUGUACGCUCAUUGGUUGAACAGUGACUCUAGACCAAUGUAUCGUUCAGUACCAGGAGUGGAUAUUGUCAAGAAAAAUAAACAUUUUGUAAUUCGGACUCGUGAUCAAAAAUGGUGUUAUGAAAUAGAUACCUUGAAACAGAUAAAAACAACUAAAUUUCAGCAGAAAAGACAUAUCAUAAGUGAUUUAAAAGAAGAUAUAUGCCUUAAUUUUGGUGAUAAUUAACUCUGUAUAUGUUAAUGUAUAUAAAUAAUUUAUUUGUAAUAAAGUGGU